GUGCCCUCCUGACCAAUGAGACGCCAGAAGGGUGUAAAGUGGUCUCGCGCCGGGUAAAAGAGAUUUGACAGUUGUAGGUCUCGCGCCGACCGUACAGAAGACUUCCUUAGUGGGGCAGGGACCAUGGCGGCGGCUGCUGCCUGCGGCCAACACUGCGCCGCGAUAACGCCCGCUGUUACCGGCAAAAAAACGCACACUAACAGGGAACAUAGUCGGAGGAACCGGGAGAACUCUCGCAGGAGACAAGCGGCUCUUUUGUUCCUCAGUAACAUCUCCCUGGACGGACGGCCAGUUCAGAGUAAUGCAGCCGAGAAUUCGGGAAGCCACCACCACAUAGAAACGGACUUGGAGGGAGCGGACACCUGCUCUGCGGUGGUGGCUGCGGCCGGUUUGUGUCCGGAGCUGUGUAGUAAUAACAACCACGGUCCAAUUUGUUUGUCUGCGUCCACGAGCUGCGGGAACGCAAACCUCCCCUCAGCAUCAAAGACAGGGCUCCUUAACGUACCUCCUAUCCUCGUCUUGCCGUCCGAGCCCGGGCUUAACGAUGAGGGCAGCGCGGACGUAGUGCUGGGGUGCCGCAGAGGCUCCUUCCCUUCACCGGGCAACAGCCACCUGCUCUCACCGUCCCCGUCCAACAUCAGCCUGCUUCCGUCGCCGCUCGGACCGCGGAAGUCUUCCACUCUGCUCUCAGUUCAUAGCUGUAACUCGGUGUCCUCGGAGCCCAGACAUAGGACACGCAAUCUCUCUGGUGGUUCUCCCAGACCUCGACACACCAAGAAGAUUCACUUCAUUAAAAAUAUGAAACAGUAUGACACAAGAGGCAGCAGAAUCGUGCUGAUCUGUGCUAAGAGGUCUCUAUGUGCUGCCUUCUCUGUCCUUCCCUAUGGAGAAAGCUUCUACCUCAGUGACCCUACAUUAAACCACCCAAGGAGAAGACACUCGUCAGGAAACAUCUCAACCCUAGAGAUGCUGCCGGGGCUGGAGGGUUUCCACCUAGACACCUAUGGCAGGUCGGUCUCGUAUGCCCAGUACCUCUACCCCACAAACGCUCUGGUGAGGCAGAAGCCAUCAUCAGCCAGUGACCUGACACUGCAGAUCCCUGUGUCCAGGAGCGCACACAGCAUGCCAGGCAGGGGUUUUCCCCCGAGCAGGCUGAACAGCACUGUGGGCUUAGACCUAGGACUGGAUGAUGUGACUGACUACGACCCUAACCUCCUCAGUGACCACCAGUGGCCUUGUGGAAAACACAAGCGGGUGCUGAUCUUUGCCUCCUACAUGACCACAGUUAUAGAAUAUGUCAAACCAUCUGAUCUGAAGAAAGACAUGAACGAGACCUUUAAGGAGAAGUUCCCUCACAUUAAGCUCACGCUCAGCAAAAUACGCAGUCUGAAGAGAGAGAUGAGAGUCAUUGGGGAAGACUGUGGCAUGCAGCCCGUCACCAUCGCAAUGGCAUUUGUCUACUUUGAGAAGCUGGUGCUGCAGGGACGACUGAACAAACAGAACAGGAAGCUGGUGUCAGCUGCUUGCAUCCUAUUGGCUGCUAAGAUCAGCAGUGACCUCAAGAAACAGGAGGUCAAACACCUCAUUGACAAGCUGGAGGAGCGUUUCAGGAUCAGCAGGAGGGAGCUGAUCACAUUUGAGUUCACCAUCCUGGUCGCCCUGGAGAUGGCGCUGUACUUCCCAGAAAGUAAAAUCAUGCCACAUUACAGAAGACUGGUGCAGCAGCAGCAGUUAUAACAGCAUCUGGCUCCACAGCAGAGCAGUAUACUGAUCCCUGCCUCUAGGGACUCCACGACGUGACGGACCACUUGUCAUGAUGUCUGGCUCAAAGGCUCAGAGGUACUGAGGUAAUCACCUUCCCCCGUUGCUCACAAUGCAGACACCAAAGUUCAGCCCCACUGUGAUGGUAGCAGGCCUGGUAAAGCCUGGUAAAGCCUGGCUCAGUAGUUUAGAGUGCAACAUCACUUUCUUUCCUCCUCCUAACACUGUGAUCAUGGUCUCAGCAACACCGUGAUAAUCACCAGAUCUUAAAAUCAUCAGAAAAAGUACGAUUUUGACUGCCAUCAUUUUUAUAAAAAGAGCAUUAAGAUGAGGUCACGGUAUGGAAAUGAUUAAAAGAAGCAAAACUACUUGACUGUAAGACAGCCUUGAAACAUUUAAGCCUGUCUGAGAUUCUCUAACCAAACCAGCUCUGCUGCAUCAGCCUGUUCGGACAAAUGUAUCACAUGUUUCGCAGUCACAUGGUUAUAAAACUAAACGUUACUGCCAAGGACAAAACAAGUCAAGAUCAAAUUGUAAUGCAACAUUUUCAGUGUUGCAAUAGCAUUUAGUUGUUAACAAAAAGCAAACAGAGGCCUGAUUCUGUGAAGAAAACAAACCUGUACUGUUCAGAGGAAACACAGAGUUGUCAGAACUCUGAGGUGACGGCAGUCUGAUCAGAAAUGACCAUAUUGUGACAUUUUCAGAGUCACUGAACACGAACAUGACUUGUGUGCACUCGACAAUCAUUGCAUCUCAAAUCAACAGAGUGGUGAGUGUUUUUAGCGUGUGUAGCCGUUCUGUAGCACACAUUCCUAAAGUGAGGGACAGAAGAUUUUGUCUUGUUGUUACUGAGUUUCAGGCCGUGAAAGGAAAUUGUUCCAGCACUGUAUGUUCUUCGUCCCCGAUGUCAUUGUGUUUUCCUUAUCACUACACUUUCCAGUUUUCAAAGUUUUUCUUCUUGCUUUUGAACUCCCUCUCAUUUGCUUCAUGGUUGGUUGUGUCUUCUCUCAUUGUAUCAUAAUUUAUGAAAUUUAAUUGAACAAGUUUCUUUGGGUUUCUGUGACAUUUCCUCAUCAUUGUCCAGUUUCACACUGACAUGAUGAACUGCUGUCUGCAUCUGUCAAAAUGUUCACCAGAGAGGUGUGAAAGUGCCUUGCAGUGAGACACCUAAUCAACCUUUAGUUGGUCAGGAAGUGGAGAGUUGUUUUUGUUCUGCCCACAAAAUGUUGUCCCCCUCGUUGUGAAGUUGUCCCUCCUCCUGAAUAGUCAGCAGGCUACAGCUCACUCUGGUGGUCUUUUACAAGCACUGCAUCCUCUGCAGAAACAUUGUGAUCAUGGGCAAAAAGAGAAUAUUCAUCCUUUAUCUACUCCUGUUGAGAGUUGUGACUCUAUGGGGGAACUGGAGCUAAUCCCAACUGAAAUGUAAUUUACUUCACAAUCUAAGCCAAAACGAUAAAUGGUCUAUGGGAUUAUACUGGAAAUAAUCAUGUACAGUGCUGUGAAAAAGUUUUGGUUUUUUUGUUUUGUUACAUGUUUGUCACAUUUAAAUGUUUCAGAUUUUCAAACAAAUUUAAAUAUUAGUUACAAAGAUAACCCAACAUAAAAUGUAGGAACAUCUGAAACAUGUAAGUGUGAUAAACAUGCAAACUAUAAGAAAUAAGGCAAAUACUUUUUCACAGCACUGUAUUUAUUAGAUUCAGUUUUAUUUCUGGUUGGAUUUGUUGUUGAAAAUAAUUUGUAAUAGAUAUCUCACUCUGAUGUCUUAUUGAUCAAAUAAUCAAUUAAUCAAGAGAAUACCUGACAGAAAACACAGUUCUGUAAAUAGGCCACAAUUUUAUUUUCGCUCUAUUGAGAAUCAAAGUGGAGAAACACAAAACACAGUGUCAGCCUCCGGUGACUGCUCAAUGCUUUUUAAGCCACAGUGAAACAGAAGUAUGAUCUUGGUGUUUGACCAUAAUGGUUGAGAUGCACGGUGAAGAUAUGACUCACGGUAAACAGAAGAAACUACCUGUUUUUAAGGACACAGUAGAAUAUUAACUUUGACCUGCUCUAUCAAAUAAAAAUAAUGGAUAUUUUCUUUUUAAACGACUGGUUAUACAGGAAGCCAUGAUGGAGGCGACACUCUCUGUCGAGCCUCUGUUGUUUUUGCACUUUGCCUUUUUUGCUUCACAAUCCUAUAUCUUUAUUUAUCACAAAUUAACCAGGAUAAUAAUGUUUUUUCUACACAUGAACUCUCUUGUAUUGUAUUGUAUUGUAUUGUAUAUUGAGAACGUUUGAAAUUGUCCACGUCGUGAAGCAAAGCAUCGCCACUCAAGAUAGUGUCGCUUAAAAACAAUCACAGUUGUAUGAAUACAUUUUGAAUUUAAAACGGUAAUCCGCAUCAUGAGGUUACUCGUCAAUGUUCUUCCACAAAUGUUACUUGCUCCCGUGUUAAAGGGACUGCCUCGUACUUUGGAGUUGGUUCUCUAUUAUUGCACACUGGAGCAGGAGAGCCAGAGUUUUGACGUCUGCGACAUGACCCAAGCGUUUCAGGUUUUUGUUGUGGAAUUAUUGGUGUGUUUUAAGAAAUUGGGGCACAACAUUAUGAGGACUUUUAGUUUUGGGUUCAUGCAACAACUGAGAAGCCUCAGGUCCUCUCUGUUGUAGAGUUGUUCUCAAGAGUAGAAACAGCACAUGAUUUUUUUCCAAAGUGGUCUUCUCUCUACAUUAGAGAUUUGUGAUAUUGAUUCUAUGCAGCUUUUAUUUAGUCAGCUGACCUUUGACCGUCACCCUUCCCUCCUGUGUGUUUGCCUAUUGUGCCACAGAAUUCGUUUUUUUUUUUUAUCCGACACUCCCUUUAUUUAAACAUCAUAUGCAAAUAUUAUUUAACUUCAUCGUUUUGUGUCAAAUCUUAUUUUAUUUAAUUGUUUUGCACUGUAAGGCUGUAAAGGGAACUUUUAAGUUAAACAGAUUUUUUCUGUCCUUUUUCUGUGUGUGUGUGUUUUAAAUCGACAACAUGGACGAGCAGAACUGCAGUCGAGGCAUCAAAUGAUAUAAACCUGUAAUAACAAUAAUAAUAAUAUUAUGUAUGUUUACUUCAGGUUGUUGUCGCCACAUUUAUUUUAAAGUCACGCCUCGGUCCUGAUGGAAGAAUGGACAUGAACAGUGCGAUGAAUCAGGUUGCAUUUAUAUUACAGCGUGAGGUUCAGCAAUAUCAGUGCUCACAGUGUAAAGUGGACACGUACACUGCACUGUGAAUAAGUGUUUUGUAAAAUGUUAAGACCAUAUACUGUGUAAAACGUUCAAUACAUGUCAAAUGUAUUUUCAUUAAAAAACAUGUAAUUUA